AAACAGCUGUGCACAAUUCAUUUUGUGUUAUUUGUGUAGAGAGCGUAGCCUUGCGCACAUUACAUUUUCUUACUCGAAUUGUGCUAGUCGUGAAAUUGGAAUUUGAAAAAGAAUUAUACAUAUCUAUAUACAUCGAAAUUGUCAAAUUCCAUUGGAAAACACGUGUCGUACAUUCAGUCAGUCAUAAAUAGUAUUCACAUCAGGUAAAACGCACAUAUACGGCUGCUCUGAUUUUUACAGUGAACUUUUUCGUACGAUUUUUAUUGCAAUUUUGAAAAAAUGGCAUUUAGACCACAACCAAAAGGAUUUGCAACGAAAGCAAUUCACGUUGGUCAGGAUCCGGAACAAUGGUCACAUCAAUCGGUCAUACCACCAUUGGUUACAAGCACCACAUUUAAGCAACCGGCUCCAGCCGAACCAAUUCUCUAUGAAUACGGUCGCAGUGGCAAUCCAACGCGUGAUGUUCUUGAAAAAUGCUUCGCUUCGUUGGACAAUGGUAAAUAUGGAUUGGCUUUCAGCAGCGGUUUGGGCACAACAACAAUCAUAACUCAGCUAUUGAGCGCGGGCGACCACAUCAUCAGCUGCGACGAUGUUUAUGGUGGUACGAAUCGUUUGUUUUCCAAAGUUACUGCACGUCUAGGAAUCGAAAUCGAUUUUGUCGAUGCAAUUAAUUUGGAUAACGUGAAAAAGGCCAUCAAGAAAAAUACAAGAUUAGUUUGGAUCGAAACGCCAACAAAUCCAUGCAUGAAGGUCCUAGACAUCGAAGCAAUUUCAAAAUUGGCUCAUUCUUAUGAAAAUAUUAUCGUUGUUGUGGAUAACACCUUUAUUACAUCGUACUUCCAACGUCCGUUAGAGUUGGGAGCCGAUAUUGUUGCAUAUUCGGUUAGUAAAUACAUGAACGGCCAUUCGGACGUAAUAAUGGGUGCGGCCGUUGUUAACGAUGACAACUUGUACGAACGUCUUAAAUUCUUGCAAAAUGCUUCGGGUGUUAUACCAUCGCCAUUCGAUUGCUACCAAGUCAAUCGAAGUUUGAAAACGCUAAAAUUGAGAAUGGAGCAACAUUGGAAAUCGUCGGUGAUUGUGGCCGAAUUUCUGGAGUCUCAUCCAAAUGUCGAACGUGUCUUGCAUCCUGGAAUUCCAUCGCAUCCACAAUACAAAUUGGUGUUGAAACAAACAUACGGUCACAGUGGCAUCAUGUCGUUUUACCUCAAAGGCGGUUUGAAUGAGUCAAAGAAAUUCUUGCAAUCGCUUAAAGUAUUCACAUUGGCCGAGAGUUUGGGGGGAUACGAGAGCCUUGCUGAAUUACCAUCACUCAUGACUCACGCUUCAGUGCCAGCAGAACAACGUGUUGUAUUGGGCAUCAAUGAUUCCCUCAUUCGGCUUUCGGUUGGGUUGGAAGAUGUUGAAGAUCUGGUCGAUGACUUGAAACAAGCGCUCAAAGCUACUUUCGAUUAAGCAUAAUAGUUUCGAAUAAAUUCUUAUCAUUUUCAAUACAAAGAUUUUACUCCAAAUUGAAGCUCAAAUGAUGCUACACUAUUUACUCUAUUCCAAAUACUGUUUUUUGUUCUUUACCAUGUUUAAAAAUAAACGUGUUUCGUGUGGAGUCUGGUGAUUUAACAUCGUGUUUUAUAAAACAA